AUGAGGCCGGCGUUGAGAAACGCGGACCCCGACGAGAUAGGGGCCGCGCUCGAACAGAACAUGGGUGGUGACUGGAAGAUGGCGGAGGGCGACGAGCAGUGGUUCCACGGCUCUGAGACGAAUCCGUGGCGCUUACGCAAAUACGUGACCUUCCUCGCGAACGAGACAGUCGCGCAGGCGGACAGGAUGGCCACACUCAAGCGGCCAGAGAAGACCUUGAAGAAGAGACGCCAGUGCACCCCGGCAAUGCUGAUGGGGCGUCUCAAGGCUUUGAACCUGCUCAUCAAGCUGGACAAGGCCAUCUUCAGGAAGCCCGUUCUGAACCUGCUGCGCGACUUUGCGGAGUGUCGCAUCUGGGUCCGCGUUCAAGUACGCAACCAGUACAAGCGGUUUAUCGCGACGGGCAAGACAAACAAGGACUUCUCGCUCAACUACAUAUCUGCUAUGAGGCACAUAGAUUGGACGUUGUGCGCGGUCGGAGCCACGCUGCUGUGGCUGCACUGGGUGUACGACUUGGUUCCCAUCCUCUACAAGGACAUAGCCCCCCCUCUCGACUUUACGGAACCCUCGACGUGGUACGAUCAAUACCUGUUCUUCCCCCUUCGCGCUGGCAAUGAGAAGCAAAUACCGCCCACGACUCAUCACGACUGGGCGGCGAAGAUUCUCCAGGAUGCGGGAAUCACAUGCUCGCGUGCGGUACACGCGACCAGGGCUGGGGGGGCGCAGCACGUGUCCGCGGACGGAAUGCCUUCGGAUCAGCUGGCGAGGCUGGGGGGUUGGCGCUUCAUCAACGUGAUGACUAAGCACUACCUCACAACCAUUCCGAGGGAGGCCGUGCUGCUGAAGGCGGGCUUCACCGGGGUUGACGGUGACUACUUCCUGGGUCGCGCAACUGUUCCGUGCAAGGAUUACAACCGCAAGAUGGUGAAAAAGCAGAAGCCGGAGAAGCAGGACACCACGGGGCUAAACAUAAUGAAGGAGCUGGAUGGUGACGCUAGGAUGGCGGUCGCGCAAGACCUGGCAAUGUAUUACAUCCACCAGCCGCGACACCCGUACGUGGUCAACAACCCGCUCUGCCAGACGGAGGAAUUUGCGUCGUGGGCUGCAGAUGUCUCAUUGGCAAAUCAACUCGCCAUAGUACAGCGCAACACACCUACACUGACCCAGCCCGCACCCCGCGGUGCAGUUACGCGAAUGGCCGCGCUCAUUGGGGAGGAGGGAGGCGGUCAGAACGUGAUAAACCGUGUCAAGCGACUCAUGAACUUCAUCGCCCACAGGGUGGAGCAAGGAGACGACAUCGCGGUAGUGCUCGACAAGCUCGACCUCGUGUCAGGAGCUGUGGGCAUGUCGGGUGUAUCGGAAGGGAUCGCGGUAAAGAAGAAGAGUGUUGACCUGGAACUGAGCCAGCUCAAGAAGGGUUCUCCGGUGGAGUUGCAGUUGCGUUACUGUGCGCUGAUGCCAGACUUACAGUAA